CAACAGAUGUCUAAACCACCUCCUCCAGUGGUUCCUAGAAAGCCUUCAGGUGUCCGAGUCAUGAUGACUCCAGGGGAGCAGCCUCCUCUUAGUUCCCUGCCCAUCUACAGAGGCUUUAACAAAGAAAAAGGUGCCAGUGUGGAGUCAAACCAUACAUCUCUACUGAAUGCAGAGAGGGAAGUGGAGAUUCUGAACCACUGUUUUGACGAUGUGGAGCGAUUCAUGUCACGCUUGCAGCAAACAGCUGAGGCCCAGAGUGUUCUCAACCAAAGGAAGAAGAAGAGCAGCAGGAAGAGCAAGAAGGUGGACCAAGAUGAUGAUUUGUUGACCUUGAAAGCUUUCCCUCCAUCGACGGAAGAAUUUGUGGACCUCUUUCAGAAAAUCAAGUACUCCCUCAGUCUGCUGGACCGUCUCAAGUCAUCCAUCUCAGAGCCUGACGCACCGCAGCUCCUGCACCACGUUUUUGUGCCUUUUACACUGAUGGUGAAAACCACUGGAGGGCCAGAUUUAGCUGCAACAGUUGUCAGUCCCGCUCUGACCAGUGGUGCCCUGUCACUUCUCCAGGAGCAUCUGACUGAAGAAGAAAAGGAACUCUGGACCUCAUUAGGCCCCAACUGGACUUCACACUGUUCGCAGCUUAGUGUGUCUGUUCCUCCGUACUCACCUGUCUUCCUGGAUGGGUGGAAGCCUCAAAUCUUCAACUCAAAUGGCCAGCCUCUGGAAGAUCCUAUCGAGUCACAACACAAACAGGAUGCUGUUAGGCAAAGCAGGGCGGCGCAAACUCUACAGGACCAAGCACAACAGACAGUGGACGGAAAUGGGCUCCCGCCAGAGGGUGAGAGAUUUUACUGCUGCAGUUAUGACUUUGUAGCUAGAAACAGCAGUGAACUCUCAGUGCUUCAAGGAGAAACUCUAGAGGUCAUUGAGUCAUCAAAGCGAUGGUGGAAGUGUCAGAAUCGCUUUGACCAGAUAGGAUUUGUUCCCUCAAACAUCUUGGAGCCUCUGUCUGCUCUGAAUAACACUGGGAGACAAAGUCCAGUGGUACGCAGAGAGUCAAAGAAGACGCCUCUUACUCCUCAGUCAAAGUACUUUUCAUAUGCUCCACCAAGCCCAGUUGGGACCAGUCCUACAGCUACAAGCCCAACAAUGGGACCUCAGAAUAUGGUUUUACCAUCCACAUCAAUGCACGGAGAGGACGAUAACCGAGUGCUGAUAAUGAAUGAUGAGCUUCUUCAGCGGCUAGCUGGGAAAAGAGGCUCAGCCCGUCCUCUGGUGGUCCCGCGUGCAGCUGACACUUCUGAUCCACUGAACUACCACUCGCCACCUGCUGAGGUGGAGACCUGGCUCACUGCCAAGGGCUUCAGUCAGCAGACAGUCCAGAGUCUGGGCAUUUUAAAUGGAGCACAGCUUUUUUCCCUGAAUAAGGAGGAGCUCCGCACGGUAUCGCCAGAGGAAGGUGUACGAGUUUACAGUCAAAUCACGGUGCAGAAGGCCCUGCUCGAGGAUGUGCGCAAAGCCACAGAACUGGAGACGGUGAUGGAGAAGCAAAAGCUGAAGAUCGACCUGAAAUCGGAGAGUGCGAUGGUGUGAUGGAGUGAUUUAACAUGCCCUAAUGCAGACGUGGCACCAAAGAUCAGUGGAUAUAAAUGUAGUAUUGCUUACACAGCUGGGCGCACAGGAUGUUGCAGAUGGAUUUUAAUAUGUUAAUCAUACAUGCUGUUAUAUCUGUUUUGCUACAGAUUCAUCAGCCAAAGCAAGAUGUGUUUCAAAUUUUUAGACAGACGGGCAUCAGAGUUGACCAAAGUUAUACUUUUGUUUGGUUUUCGUCAUAUAUUUAACAAUGCAUAAAUAUUUACCCACUGUUUAAGCAAUGCAUGAAACAUGACGAUAACCACACAUAAGCAAGUGCUAUCACAAUGGACUGAGUCUUCUCUUAAGAGCAAUAAAACCAUCAAAUGUGCAUCCUGUUACACAUGUUUGUGAUUCCACCGAACAGUCAGCUCUUGAUUCAGUUUGUAUUGCUUGUGCAUCAACCUGUAUUAAAAUAAUGUUGCUUGUCACAGUCAGAUGCUGUUAUACACCAAAUACACAGAAUACAUUAAAUUGACGUUAUAAAUGUACGUUUUCAGCCCUGACUCUUUCUUUGAUCUCUCGUGACUAACAUGAUUUUUCAUUGUGAUUUUAAUUGUACUGUAUUUUAUGACAUAAUGUGAAAAAAAGGAAACACAUUAUUGUCUGAAGGAAUACAUUGCUUUCAAUAUUGAAAUAAGAAUUAUGUUAUUUCUGUUUCAUAGCUUUUAAACUUGCUGCAACAAUUAAUUUCAGAUUCCAGAUUCCUCUGUAUAAAGAAGCAAAAAUAUGUUUGAUUUAAAGUCAUUUACAUAAAUUCAUUGCAAGCAAGCGGCUCUGAAGAUGUUUACGUACAUACAAUCUGAGUCACUCCCCUGUGUCUAACAAUAGCAGUGGAGGUAAAUCAUCAUCAUGAAAAGCUGUGCAGUGCACAAA